CAUACUACUACAUGGAAAAAUGAACGUGCAGAAUAUUUAGUUCGACUUAUUGAUCAUAUAUCAAUUUUUAUAUUGAUAUCUGGUACACAAACAUCUGUAGUUCUAUCACUACUUCCGUAUACAAUAGUGUCUAAGACCAUUAUUAUGAUUUCAUGGACGAUAACUUUAAUUGGAACUCUGAAAAUUGUGUUGUUUCGUAGGCUUAAUCACAUAUUUGAUACGUUAGUCUACAUAUUACAUGGCAUUUCUGUUGUUCCUUUUUUUAAGAUAAUAAAAGCCAGUGUAAACACUUUAGACCUAACAUUUAUAGUAAUGGGUGGUAUUGUGUAUGUCAUAGGUGGCAUUGUAUAUGGAUAUAAAAAACCAGAUCCUUAUCCAUUUGUUUUCGGUUAUCAUGAAAUUUUUCAUGUUACAACAGUGCUAGCUAAUUAUUGUUUUUUUAUACCAAUGUUUAAACAAUAUGUAACUACAUUAAAAGAAAUUAAAACAGUGUAUAUUUAUUAUUAA